UUCAAGACUUACACGAGGAUGGAUGGAGUUUUUGCGUAACGGUCAAGCAAUGGAUUCCCCUGCCCUUUGCCACCUUUUUGACAGUUUGUUAAAUUCCGGAAGACUGACAUAACAUCCGAGGAGUUAUUUGCGAAAUUCCCAAAUCAACGGGCUGUAGACUUGUUUUCAACAAUAAAGAGAGGUUUCACAUCCACGGAGAUUGUGGUUUGUAAAGUUUAUGGCUAUAUUAACGUUUAUGUAGCGUCCUCGCUGUUUGAUUUCAUUUGCUUUCUGUGGUCUUGAUACGUAAAAUCGGUUUGAAAUGUCCGACUUCCACAACCGGAGCCAAACCAGCGCGCGUCGCAGUGACUACGUGUGGCAGUAUGAAUAUUAUGACGACGAGGAGCCCGUGUCUUUUGAGGGACUCAAAGCGCACAGAUACUCCAUCGUCAUCGGUUUCUGGGUCGGACUUGCUGUAUUUGUCAUUUUCAUGUUCUUUAUUCUCACCCUGCUCACAAAGACAGGAGCACCACACCAAGAAAACCCAGACUCUGCUGAAAAACGCCAUCGACCAGGGAGCUGUCUCGUAGACAUUGACGGUCCGCAGAACGAAAAUGACAAAGCCUUCUCCCGUCCGCUGUUAGGGGAGUCCCGUUCAUAUUUCCAUUUCUACAUCAACGAGGAAGAUCAGGGUCUGGGGAAGCAAAAACAAGAAGCUGGAAAGCACGCCGGGGCCCAAGCCCAGCAGGGGACCUGCAACGGGGCCAGAGGCAUGCACUCCUCUGGGAUCGACGAGAUGGAAGAGGAUGUUGAGGAAGCUGGGAGACACCAACCUCUCAAGGGACUAAUAGAUGAGCGGAAAACAGACCGAGAAUGUGCCUUCUUCUCCCACUUCAACAUCCCUAACUUUGUGAACUUGGAGCACAGUUCAAUACUUGGAGAGGACGAUCUGCUGUAUGAGCCAUCCGUCAUACUGGAACGCCAGUCUCACAAUGCUCACUGUGAUAUCCACUAAGUCCGUUUCUAUUAAGAGAUCACAGGCACAGGAAUGGUGGUAUCGUAAUAUGACUUACUUUCCCUUCACAGGUACAUGGUUGACCUAACAGGGGUAUAAAUACUCACCUGCCAAACACCUACCUUUUACCAUGUAAAGUGUAUCUGCUUGCGAGUAUUUUUAGCAUUUUAAAUAAGCAUACAUUCAGAUAACUCAACAAGUAAGAGGGAACAAAAGAUGGCACACAAUUCCAUAUCAUGUGCAACUCGCACUUAUAAGAUGACAUUUCUUCCUGAAGAUUGCCUCACAAAGGGUACCAUUUUACUUGGAGUACUGGGCUCCUCUGAAUUGAACGCAGCUGUACUGUACCUGGACUAGAUUGCUUUCCACACAGGAAAAUGAGAAAGGCAGUGGAGUCUCCAGCGGGAGAUGCAUUGUACAAUUAAUUCUGCUAUUAUUGCUGUCUUGUUGUCUUGUGCAAUCCUGGACAGUGGCCAGUAUCUCGCCAAUAGGACUCAAAUGCCAGUUGAUUUACCAACAAUAUCUAUUAGAAAAAGUGAUGUGUACAUUAGCCAUGUAAUUAGUAGCACAAAUUCAAACAUAUCAUUGUUUUUUUUU